AUAAGUAUUAAUCAAGAUAAUUUUUGUCUAGUUAACAUUUAUGCUCCCAAUGACCAAAACCAGCAAGUUAACUUUUUGGAUAAAAUCAUCGAUCCCAUUCGCCGUAGUAGUACUAACAACAUUUUACUAGGCGGUGACUUUAACUGUCCUUUGACAGAGGUCGAUAAAGUAGCUGGUAGGGACAUACUCCAUAAGAAAAGGACCAUCCAAGCAAUCCGGGAACUUUGUAACAGCUUUGACUUAGUCGACGUCUGGAGAACUCAACACCCAAAUAAGAAGCGUUAUUCUUGGGCAAAUGGCUCAGGAAAGAUUAAAAUGUCGACUAGAUUUCUAGCUAAUUUCGAAACAAUUACUGACACGCGUUGCUAA